UUGGCCAAGAAUCGUCUCGACGGCAGAAUCGGAUCGGUAAAUUGCAAUAUUGUGGCCGGUUAAAUGUUGUCCAACGUACUGCGGACGAUUUCGUCCGGUGCAGCGUUAUGUACGCCACGUUCCGUUGUUCAGCAAUCGUCCAGGAACACGUUCAUCCUGAAACGCCGGUUUCCGCCUAAUCUGUACAAGAAGAACCAAAAACCCGGUAAGCUGAGGGGCCGCCACUUCGUGUAUGACCUGGUGGAGGAUAGAUCGGUGGUUAAGAAGCCCAACGUUGAGGUGGUGCUAACCACUUUCGUCGAAAACAUCGGCGCCAAGGGCGAAGUCGUCUCGCUCAAGCCCAACAUUGCCUACAAUAGGUUGCUGCUUCCCGGGUUAGCCGUUUACAAGACUCCAGAAAGUGUGGCCAAGUACGCCCAGGAUGUGCGUGAAAAGGAAUCGGCAGUGCACAGUUCUGCCCAGGCCGCUGUGACGGUGAGUAAACUCGAAAGCCUCAUACUGGCGGUGGUUUUGAACAAGGAUCACCCGUGGGUGAUCGAACCGUGGCACGUAAGGAUGUCACUUCGCAAGGCUGGUUACUACGUACCGACGGAAGCAAUCGAGCUACCGGCCACGCCAAUCACAGGACCGGAUCUGUUGAAGCAAAACAAGGAAUUUUACGUGACCAUCACCAUCAACAACCUGGAGAAGGCACGGGUGCGCUGUCGUAUUCACCAUUGGAGCACGGAACCGAGUGAUCGGUUGCCGUACGUGUUCGAGCACUGGAAACUGGACGCAGAACCGCUCUUCGGUGAAGGAAGUCCGUCAAAACCCAGCGACACAGUCACAUCAUCGAGUUGAGUCCUUCAAGCAAAGUUAGUCACAAGUGUAACCAUCGAUUGUAAAAUGCUUAAAUAAAUAUAAAAAAACGCA